UUCUAUGUCAUCAUUUUUAUAACAAAGAAGAGUGGUAGAACACAGAGAGGCCAGAUUCACUAAAGGUGGAUGUUUCAUUUUAGCAAGUUUCUUAAACAUUGGAAAUCAACGAAAUUGAGAAGAAAAGCAUUUAGUAUACAUUGUUUCAUAUUCUCCAUGUUUAUUCAUGAUUUAAAAAAAAAAAAAAAGUUUCCUAUAACACCAGUUCUGUGGUGGCAUUCGAUUUUGAUGCUUAUUUCUCUGACUCUCUCCGGGGGGACACAGGAGACUGAUGGGGUAAAGCACCAUCCUCCAGGAGGCAGGACACUUGAUUGACAUAUCAAAAAGUGGGCGUACCAGGACUGUAGCUUUACCCCUAGCACUUCCUCUUUUGCCUCAGUUUUCCAAGUAUCCUGUCCACAGGAGGAUGGACCCAUCGAUCUCUAGGGAGACCCAUCAAAGGAUUCUAAGGUCAGCGAAUAUCGCUGACACCCGGGGCAAGACUUGGGUCGGGGGUUCCCUUCCAUAGUUACUCUCCUACGCGGGAUGUUCAAGGACCCGGGGCCGUACGCUCUAGGCAGACUGGCCUUCCAGAUCGCAACCUGCCCCCUGAGGUGGCGCAGGGACUCUGGCCGGGAAAGCAAGUUAUUGCGACUAUGGCUUCCUGUCUUGUCGGCACCAACGCGUCCCCUCCCUGACUGUGUAACUCUGGCAGGGGAGAGAGAGGGUCGGGAGCAGGGAGCGAGAGGGCCUGUCUCCACUGGCACCUGUGGCGCUAUGCGGCUCACUCACUAUGCCGCGAUACCUCCGACGGCCAUUUUGGGAUCGGAGCCUUCAUACAGUACAGCACAAUGACGUCACCUCCCUCACGUUUAGCCGUGAAUCUGCUGGCAGCCAUUUCUCGGCACACAGGCUCCUCAGCAUAUCCUGGGCAAGUCAGGUGUGCUUGUUCUGACGACCUCCCACCUUGACACAGUUUUUGACUAACGACCUCUAGCUCCACCCCUAGCACCUUUGACUAUGGCAGAUGGUAGGACAGGGGGACUAUUUACACGGGGAGGAGGAGGAGGACAAGCUGCAGCAGGUGGGGCACAGGUAACAUUUUAUAAUUGCACAAAAUGUCACUAUACAUUUCAUGGGGGUCAGGCACAGCCGCUCUGCUGAUCUGGUCUACUGGGGGAAGAGUCACCCCCAGCGCACACAGAGUGUGCAAGCAACCAAGGGGGAUCAGGUUGGGCCUCCCCCCCCCCCCCCCAAGAGGAUGUUGCACAAACUCCCUACAGCUAGGCCAAAUCCAGAGACUUCAGCCCCCUCCUGGGCUGUACAAUUAUCCCAGUCACUUUCUUCACUCCAAAACAUACCAUCUCUGGCUGAAACGAUUGCAAACUCUAGCAAAUUCCAUUGAAAAAUUUGUCACAAGUUCAUGAAAGUGCAGGAAAGAAGAGUAAAAAGACGAGUUCCAAAAGCAUACUACCUGUUACCCCCCCCCCCCCGCCUUGCCUCUUCAGUCAUCGGAUUCGGAGUCUGAGCAAGAGGGCAAAGUAUUCUCCUCCAUUUCCAAUUCAGAGCUUGAAGAGGAGGGAGUAACAGACAAAGAUACCCAUCAUGAUGUUGAGGGUAUCAUAAAAGCAGUUAUAGCAACCCUGAAACUAGAGCAACCUGCUGAUCAACAGACACAAACCAAAGGUCUGUUUAAAAGACAACGCAAAACCUUAACCGAGUUCCCGUCACACGAUCAGUUAGGGGCAAUCAUUCAAGAUGAAUGGGAUACACCAGACAGGAAAUUUCGAACUAACCGUAAAUUUUCUAAACGUUAUCCUUUAUCUAAAGAACAAGUCGACAAGUGGGCAACACCUCCUACGGUGGAUGCUCCGGUUUCCAGGUUAUCUAAAAAAUACUCCCCUGCUAGUGACCGAUGUAGCUGCCUUUUAAAGACCCUACGGAUAAGAGAAUGGAGGUAUUCUUGAGUGGUAUUCUCAGCAUCCGGCUCAGCACUUCGCCCAGCGCUAGCCACAGCAUGGGUUAGUAGAGCCAUGGAAACUUGGGCGACGUCCAUCAUUUCAGGUCUCCAAGAUGGGACUUCUAGAGCCAGUCUUCUGGAAACGGCUCGAGAAAUGGCAGAAGCCAGCGCAUAUCUUAGCGAGGCAGCUCUUGACACAACUCGGUUAGCAGUACGAUCUUCAGCCCUGGUGGUAGCUGCUCGUCGGGUGCUCAAGAACUGGUCAGCAGACCUCAGCUCCAAGAAGUCACUGAUAGCACUCCCGUUUAAAGGCUCUCCCUCAAUCCAAGUCCCGAUCAGCUAACACCUUUCGCAGGGGAAAAUAUUUUCAUGGCCAAAGUAGCAAAACGUUCUACUUCCUCACGCAGAUCCAAUUUCCGCAACAGGUUCUCGGACAAGAACAAGCCAAGUUGGAGAUCAAACAAAUCCCAAGGCAAACCCUCUCAAGACAAACCUAAUUCAGCAUGACGGGGUGAGCCCCUUAGGGCCGCAGGGGGCAGACUACUUCAGUUCCAGGAUACGUGGGUCCAACACGCCUCCGAAUCCUGGAUAAGGGAAAUCGUUACGGAAGGGUAUCAUCUCGAUUUUUGGAAGACCCCCCCCCCCAGAAAGUUCUUCAUGUCCACAAUACCCACCGAUCCCAACAAAGCAUUUCACAAAUGUAUUACAACUCUUGUAAUAGAAAACGGGAGUAAUCAUUCCAGUACCCUCCUCAGCAGAAAUUUUACGGUUUCUACUCCAAUUUGUUUUUGGUUCCAAAAAAGGGGGGAGGUUCCGGCCUGUUCUGGAUCUCCAAAGAAUUGAACAAAUAUGUCAGAACAGUGAGGUUCAAGAUGGAGACGUUAGUCAGUCAUCCGGGGUAUGGGUCCAAAUCAAUUGCUCAUGUCCUUAGACAUCAAGGACGCAUAUCUACAUGUCACGAUCUGGCCCGCACACCAACGCUAUCUGAGAUUUGCAUUCCGCAACCAACGCUACCAGUUUGUGGCACUACCUUUCGUCAGUCCUUGGCGGUCUCUGCAGCAUCAAUGAGGCUCCAACGAAUAUAAGUGACGCCCUACUUGGACAAUCUUCUCCUCAAGGCCAACACAGUGGAACAAGCACAAACUGUUUGAGUCUGGCAACUGAUAAUCCAACAAUUUGGUUUGUGGAUCAAUUGGAAGAAAUCGCAGAUAUAACCAGCCCAUCAGAUGAUUUUUCUAGGGUUGGGGUUCGACACAGUUUUGCAAAAGGUUUUCCUGUCACAGGACAAACAAGCCAAAUUGCAGAAACAGAUAUCCAGUCUACUCUGAUCUCCUCGCCCAACGAUCCAACAAGCCAUGAAAGUGCUAGGCUCGAUGGUAUCUACCAUGGAAGCAGUCCCAUUUGCACAAAUCCACCUGCGACCCUUACAGUCAGACAUUCUAAGAUGCUGGAAGAGGGGAUUACUGAGGCAAACUUUUCCGCUGUCCAACGAGACCAAAGCUUCCCUAAAGUGGUGGCUCAGACCGAGUACACUGACCAAAGGUCAAUCUUGGUAGACCCCAGAAUGGACUAUUCUGACAACAGGUGCCAGCCUCUCUGGAUGGGGAGUGACAUGGCACAGAUUCACGGCACAGGGAAAAUGGUCAAUACAGGAGACCAAGAUGCCAAUAAAUCUAUUAGAACUCAGAGCGAUUCGACUAGCCCUAGUCAACUGUGCGUCAGAACUGAGGACACAAGCCAUCAGAGUGCAGUGCGACAAUGCCACAGCCGUGGCAUACAUAAACCGACAGGGAGGCACCAGAAGCAAGGGUGAACUAAAAGAAGCCGAAAAGAUCAUACUCUGGACGGAACGAAACCUAGUACAGUUGUCUGCAAUUCCGGGGGUAUCCAACGUUCAAGCAGACUUCCUCAGCCGUCACCAAAUAGACUCAGGGGAAUGGGAACUUCACCUCGAAGUAUUUGAGGACAUAGUUCAAAAGUGGGGAAUUCUGCAGAUAGAGCUCAUGGCGUGCAGAGCGGAUUGCAAAGACCACAGCUUCGUUGCUCGGUACAGGGAUCUGAUGGCAGAUGGGAUCGAUGCCACGACCCAGUCGUUUCAACCUAGCUUAUGUGUUCCCACCGAUUCCCAUGCUACCCAGGGUUCUCGAGAAGAUACGUCAAUCGGAUCUCUUGUUGAUAGCCCCCUUUUGGCCAAGAAGAACUUGGUUUCACGACCUACAAAAUAUGUCCGUGGAAGAGUGCAUCCCUCUACCUCGCAAGUGGGACCUACUACAGCAAGGUCCCAUUCAUCACUCCAAUCCAAUGCUCUUCAAUUUAACGGCUUGGCUAUUGAAGAGUCCAUCUGGAGAAAGAAGGGUGUUUCCGAAGAAGUGAUUGCCACUCUAAUACCUGCAAGAAAGCCAGUUUCAGUCACAAUUUAUCACAGAAUCUGGUCAUGGUGUCAAGAGAAGAACAUCGAUUUUGAGACUCUUUCGAUACCAGCUAUACUAUCUUUUCUGCAAAAAGGUCUUGAUAUUGGACUACAGUUAAACUCUCUCAAGGUGCAGAUUUCUUCGCUGUCACUGCUGUUUCAGCACAAGAUAGCCUUGGACAACACAGUCCAAGAGUUCGUUCAAGGAGUAGCUCACAUAGUUCCUCCACGUCGACGUCCAACACCUACUUGGGAUUUAAAUGUGGAACUCGCAGCUCUCAUGGAUCCCCCAUUUGAACCCAUAUCGCCUGUGGAUCUUUAGUGGCUUACUUGGAAAGUAGUUUUCCUAGUAGCAAUCUCAUCUGCAAGUAGAGUAUCCGAACUAGCAGCACUCUCAUGCGACCCUCAACUCUUGGUGUUCCACAAACAUAAGGCAGUACUUCGAACCAAGUCCUCAUUUCUACCCAAAGUGGUAUCUCUUUUCACCUCAAUCAGGAGAUAGUGGUACCUUCCCUCUGUCCGGAUCCCAAGAAUCCUAAGGAGAAAAGAUUGCAUGGUUUAGACGUAGAGCACUCAGGUGUUAUACUAAGCAUACUAAAGUGAUCAGACGUACUAAAGUGAUCAGACGUUCAGAUUCACUCUUCAUCAUUCCAUCAGGCCCAUGCACGUCCAAGACGACAUCAAGAUGGAUAAGAGAAGCCUUUGGAAGAGCAUAUAUAUAUAGCCAAAGGAAAGUCGCCUCCAUUGAAAAUUCGGGCGCACUCCACGAGGGCAAUGGGGGCCUCGUCGGCCUGGGAAACUCUGCUUCGAUGGAACAGAUCUGCAGAGCAGCAACCUGGUCCACAAUUCACACAUUUACAAAGUUUUACCGCCUGGACACCUUUGCGUCGGCGGAAGCGGCGUUUGGCCACAAAGUACUGCAUGCAGUGGUGCAUGCCUAAGGGCAAGCAUUCACAGCACCUUUGCCCACCCUGCUGUUUUUGGGGCUGCUUUGGUAAGUCCCCAUCAGUCUCCUGUGUACCCCGUAGAGUCAGAGAAAAUAGGAUUUAUGUACUCACCAUUAAAUCCGACAGGCGGACACAGGACAUCCCACCCAUUUAAGCUGUUCAUAACGUUGAGUUACAAUAGUUUUUUCUGUUCUACCUUGUUUAUGCCUGGUGGCCAGUUUUUUGGGGGUUUUUUUGGUACCAACUGAGGUAAAAGAGUAAGUGCUAGGGGUAAAGCUAGAUCUGCAGCUCCUUCUACAACCUAGCCUUGUGGAAUGUUUAGUAGAGAGCACCAUUGCACUAAUCUGUUCUAAAGGAUGCCUACACAGAUCAUGUUUUCCCAUAGACUAGUAACAUGAUUCCACACAUAUAAUAUUGAUACAUUGUUUCUAAUUGCCUUGCCUUUGUUUCCAUCUUCACAGGCCUUCCUUAUUUUAUAAUAAUAAUUGUAUUAACACCUUGUUCAAAACAGAUUGUUUGGGUUAUGCUACCUGUCUAAAAGUCUUCCCAUAAGAGACAGAAAAUUAGCUAUUUGUUUGAACUGUUAGCUCUCCAAAUAUAUUGCUAUUGUGCAAAGCAAGGAGCAUCAUUAUAUCAGAGAAAUGUUUUUACCUUGUUUAAAAGUGAGACACUACUAUACCAUCAUUCUUAAUCAUGUAUUCUAGGCAAUGUGGUUGGGGUAUCCUGGAACAAGCGGAGCACCAUUCAUGGAUUACAUAAUAAGUGA